UCUCUCUUCUCUCUUCUCUCUUCUCUUUCUCUUUCUCUUUCUCUUUCACAAUCUCUUACAAACCCCACAAGCUACCUUUCUUCUCCUUACUCACCUGUUAUGGCGAAUUUAAUCCUUAAGCGAACUCUUAUCAUGCUCCUAAUCAUAUUUUCAUCACCAAUCUCUCAGGCUCGAAUCCUUCAGACAGAUCGCGUCGCAAACAUGGGAAAUAUAGAUAGUCAGGUUCUCCUACGUGAGCUCGGGUUUGAUCUCUCCAAGUUCAAAGGUUAUAACGAGAGGAGGUUUUUGGUGGAUUCGGACAGGGUUUCACCGGGAGGACCGGACCCGCAACAUCAUUGAAUGGUCGUUACGGAAAUGAUACUUUAACGGAGAUCCAAGCACAAAUAAUGGUGACUGGUCUAUGCAAGUCAUUGGAUAUCACUACUUAUAUGUUUUUUUCCUCUUUUUAACUUCAUAAAUCUUACGUACAGUUUUGUUGUAUCAAGGUAUUCUUGUACCUAGCUCCUUACAAUACAUCAAACUUUUUUUCCCUGUAUAUGUUUUCUUGUGUCUACAGUGAGUUACAUUUUAUGUAACUACAAUUGGCUUAUAAAGAAUGU